AUGUCCACGCCAGGCGGGACCUUCUCCAGCCCGAGCACUCCCUCGCGCCGCUAUACGCCCGCCGCGGCGAGUGCAGGCUAUACGAGUGCGGCGUCGAAGAGGCGGAGGGGAAGGCUCCUCCUCUUGCUGGGCUUGCUCGCCUUGGUUAUCCUCCUCACCGUUAUUAUCGUCCCGCCCUCGGUUGUACUGACACGGAAGAACAAGAACAACGUUGCGGAGGGACAGCAGGUAGUCACGACUGUCGUCGACGGCAAGACGGAGACGAGGACGCUCGAUGGGGUCGUCGCUACGAGGACUCGCCUCACGACGCUCGCGAAUGGGCAAGCUUCGACUGUGACUUCAUUUGUUGCGCUGCCGGACAUCACGGUCUCCGCAACAAGCAUCGACCAAAUCCAGACCGGUGAGCCUUCCUGCCCUCUCCCCUCUCCUCUCCUCUCCUUUCGCUACUCAACUCAGUCACUUCGUUCUGCAGCUUUUGUCACAACAACUCUCACAGACGGACUAGUCGUCGUCGCUCGUACGGCGACUAAUUUGCAGACGGACGUUGCCACGCCUCGAUAUUGUUACGGUACUCGGUCCGACACCGACCUCUGCCUCUCCUUCUAUUACAACUUCGGUUCCGCCAACGAGUACAAGCCAAAGCCCGACUUCGGUAUUGAGCAGCUCGAGCGGGAGCUCAUCCCCGUCGACUCUUCCGCCUUCCUCCUCCCGCUCAACCACCUCCUUGCCUGUAUCUACCACAAUCCCGAGCAGUUCUUCUUCCAGCUCCGCCUCGUCUGCGUCUUCAUCGGCAGUCUCGACAUCCGUUUCACGCUCGAGCACCCUUCCGCCAAUCCCUUCAAGCACGACGAGCUUGUCUUCCUCUGCCUCGGCAUCGGCAUCGAGCGGCUCGUCUUCUUCGACGUCAACUACAGAACCGCCCGUCUCGUCUACAACCACGACUCGCCCGACAACUUCUCCUAUCUCGACGGCUUCUGUAAGCUCUUCGGCAAACAGUACGAGUCCUCGUCCAGCUACAGCACCGGUACGCGCCCGACUACGUCGCCGGGCAGCUCGAGCUCAUCAAGCGCCUCGACCUCGCGCUCGUCAAAUACGACGCCUUCGCCUACGAGUACGCCUGGAGCGAGCACUUCGUCGUCCAGCGCCACCCGCUCCACCUCUUCCCGCGCUUCUUCCAGUAUUCCAGGAUCGAGUACAGGCGGUUCGAGUACGAGUACGACGAGCGGUGUCUUCCACCCCGACUCGCUCUGCUUCGACGACGGGAGCGAGCACGCAGUCGCGCUCCACCACAGUGACUGGCUCGACCACCCUUCCUCCGUCCUCCGGCCCAAUCAGCACUUCCUCCGCUUCUCGCACAAGCUCACCAGUCGUCACGUGCACGUUCUUGAACCUACCGCUCGGAUGCGUGCCAGGCUCCACGACAAGCACGAGCACAAGCGCCGGAGCGAGUUCGACGCGGUCCGGGUCUUCGACGACGGGGACGACGAGCGUGACGAUUCCGUCUAUCGGCCCUUCCCGUUCAUCUACCACAAUUCCGCCUCGCACGACGAGCCGCUCCCCCUCGUCGCAGACAACGAGUCAACGCCCUACGACACGCCCAAGCAGCAGCAGCAGUGGCACGCGCUCAGCGACAUCUAG